ACCUGCACAGCUAGCGGUGAUGGCGAUGGAGAAAGGUGGAAGGGAACGACUGCGGCUGCUGGUGAUGGGAGACUCGGGAGUGGGCAAGACAUCGUUGAUGCACCUGAUCUGCGAAGGGGAGGAAUUGAGAAGGCCUCGGUCAACAGUGGGAUGUACCGUCCACAUGAAGCUCCAUGAAUCGAAGCUGUUGCCGGGGAAGACUGCCUUCGUUGAGUUCUGGGAUCUUGGGGGGUCUGCUCGGUUUCAGACUAGCAGACAGGUGUUCUACUCUAACGCUGUGGAUGGCGUCAUUCUUGUCCAUGACGUCACCAACUCGAUAUCCCGAAGGAACCUGGAGAAAUGGAAGCAGGAAUGGACGCAGCAUGCGUCGGGAGCAGGCGGUGCAGGGAGCUGGGAUCGGACGUGGGGAGAUGAUGUCAUGGGGUCACCGGACUUCAAACGGUCGACCAUACAGCGAGCACCGAGCUUGUUCGUUCCAACGCUCACGAUCGGGAACAAGAUCGACCUGCAGGGUUCCAAGCAGAUGAUGUCGGAGGAGAUGGAGGCUGGAGACUACCAGGAGAUCAGCACGUGCGCGAACAGGUCAUCUGGCACUCAAGACUACGAAAGCCUCGUCCUCCGCAUCGACUCGUUCAUCGACAAGGUUCUUGAGGCUAAGGUUCAGAGCGGGUACGCGAGCAAGGGAUCGUCGAUGGUCAACUCUGUGAACUCUCCCAUGUCACUAGAGUACCGCAAGAGCACUUUCGACAAGGACAAGUAG